AUAAUUCUAUUAUUGGAGCACUAAUGAAUAACACAGAAAUUACCUUGGUAGCACCAUGUCCUCCUGGCUGGAUAGGAUCAUUCUAUAGCUGUUACUGGAUCAGAAAAGACUGCAAGAAAUGGAAAGAUGCUUCUCAAUUCUGUAAGUCAGCAACUAACGGCGUCCACCUUGUUGACAUCAAUACCGAAGAGGAAUUUCAGUUUAUAUCUACUCACCUGAGGUCACAGAAUGACUUCAGCAUGUUAUGGACUGGGCUAAAUGACAUUGAAAUAGAAAAUGAACUUCAAUGGACUGACAAGAGUGCCUUUAAUUUAAGCACCACCUUGCUGCAAACUCUGCCAUCAAACGACAGUGACUGCUAUGCAUUACAAUUGAAUGCAGUGGGUCCCGACAGUGUACUUACUGGGCUGUUCUGCUUCUUGGCUUUGCCAUACAUUUGUGAACAUGAAGGUAAUUUACCGUGCUUCAACACCAGAUCAUCUGUACUAUGUUUGCUGAAUGGCCAAAGCAAAUCUAAUAUCUUGCAUUUCAUAUUUUGCUUGGGCAGCUUACAACCCGCUGGUAUGAAUCUUGAUUUCUCUCACUUCAAGUUGCCCUGGCAUUCCCUCAUCUCUCUCUCUCUCUCUCUAUCCCUCCCGCUCCUAAGUCGCACUCAGUUCUCGAUUUCACCCUACAAGCAGCUAACAAUGGCCUGUUUUCUUUAUCAUCAUUAUUUUUUUUGCAUAUCUUUCAUUUUUUUUUAUCUCUCCACAUCACCAUCUACAUCUCUCGUUUCCCUUAUCACUAACCAGUCUGAAAAAGGGUCUCGACCCGAAACGUCACGCAUUCCUUCUCUCCAGCGAUGCUGCCUGUCCCACAGACAUACUCCAACUUUUUGUAUCUAUCUUCUAAUAUCUUGUUUGCUUGCACUAUUUAAGCGGACUGCCUUAUGUGGCUUGGUGGCCAAGCAACCAAAAGUUAAUGUCAAAUUGAAGCAAUUAUUGUGCACAUUCAGAAGAUCCAAUGCUUAAUUUUUUCAAAGAUUGUUUCAAACUGUUGUAUGAUACUUUCUUAUGAUCACUAUUAUUUAAUUUGUUGCUCUAGCAUCUAAAUUAAUAUUAUGGAUUAUUCUAGAGAGAUUACCUAUGGCAGAAGGCUUCAUAACAUGGAAUUGUCUGUGUUGCUGUGAUCUGCUUGUUAACAGUUCUUGGUUUUUGGUUCUUGGUCCUCCAAAAUAUUCCAAAUGGAAUAUAAACUGGAGGUGGCAGAGGGUGGACUUAAGCAAAAAAGGAUUCUUGGAGAAGAAGAGCUAUCUUAAAUUUAGUUGCAUCUGGUUGAGUAACUAUGGUAGGAUGAAGACUAUUCCAUGCUUUAAUUGUGCGGGGGAGGAACGAAUUGCUGUACACAUCUGUCUUGGUAGCUGAUAUCUCAAAUUGGAUCGAAUGCCCUCAUCUGCUCCUAAUAGUGAUGAAUGCUUGAUCUAGUUUGGUUUGGGACUUGUAUAAUUUGUUAUGCAUAAAGCCAUUAGUGGUUGAAAGUAUUACUCUUACCAAAUUUAUCUCUUGCUCUUGCUAAAU